AUGAGUGGAGCGUCUCCCCAUUUACUCUUUGUAAUUUUAUCAGCUCCAACAGAGAUAGGAUAUGUAACAACUUCAGGCAAGCCAAAUCUUGGUGCCAACAUGAGCGGAGUUUAUCCACCAAACGGAUGUGAUUCCUUAUGGCAGCUACAUUCAUUAAGUUAUUUAACAAUUCUUUUAAUUUCCUUUUCCCCAUGCAACAUGUAG